AAUACAGAAUCUGAUGUGAAAUGUUUUUGGUUUUAAUUAAGGUUAAAACAUCGUUUUUGGACAAUUUUGGUUGAUUGAUUGAUCUAGUUGAUUAGACCUUUACAGUUAGAGUGAGUUACUGACUUAAUUCUGGGUUCUGGCGAAACUAUUAAUUUAAUUAGGAUUUGUUUGGUGACGAUUUAAUCUGCGCCAUUUCGGGCAUCGAUUUUCGCAUCUACGUUGCAUUGGGGAGAUUUGAACGAUGGCGAAGCGAUCGCAUGGCACUUCACAGGAUAACACUUCACCAAAACAUGACAGCGAUGAGGACGAUUACCAGCUUUAUAUUCCGGUCAAGCAACGUAAGUUAAUGAAAUUACAAGCAAAACUUCCGGACGCCACGAAGCCCGCGCCCCAGGAAUUCUCCUCUGAGUUGCCUGAGUCAGAUGAUCCUGAUAUAAUCUCCCGCGUUGGACCGCUGGGCAAUGUUAGUCUUCUCGACCAGCAUGCCGAGUUGAAGAAAAAAGCCGAGCAAGUGAUAGAGACCGAAAGGGAAAAACAGCUUAAGGAAGAAGAAACUCUCCUCCAAGCCGUCGCUGAAAAACGCGCUCUGAUGGGUGUUGGAGAAUUAGCCAAAGGAGUACAAUAUGAAGAUCCAAUCAAAACUGGUUGGAAGCCCGCAAAACACAUUUUGAAAUAUUCCGCUGAACGAGUGGAACGCAUCCGAGCGAAAUAUCAAGUUGCUGUGGAAGGCGAUGAUCUCCCGUUCCCUAUUAAAACUUUUGAAGAGAUGAAAUUCCCUAAGCCUAUAAUAUCGGCGUUGAAAAAGAAAGGAAUCGUCAAACCUACCCCUAUUCAGAUGCAAGGUUUACCGACUGUAUUAUCAGGGCGAGAUAUGAUAGGCAUUGCCUUCACUGGAUCGGGCAAAACGCUGUCUCGUCCUCUGUGGAAUCUGCUCCCGUUACCGAGCAGGCUAACGAGGACCAGAAACAACGAGGCGGAAGCGGACGGUGGAGCAGCCAAGACAACCGAGUCUGAGAACCGAGCUGAAGCUCCUAAGCGACAGCUGGAGGAGGAGGAUACGGUUGCCAAGAAGAUAGCCCGCAUGGAGAACGGCACUGCGGACGAGACUGUCAAAAAUGGAAGCGCGGAAGAGCCGACUACGGAAUCGAAGCCCGAAACUAACGGUAACCAUGAAGUAGCGCCUGCCAAAGGGGAAGAAGCGAAGGCGGAUACUGGCGCAAAAGAGAAGGAUGAAUCUGUUGUCGUCGGCGAAGGCACUGCUGUGUAA